AUGAGAAAAACCCAUAAUGCAACUGGAACAAAAUGUAAUUAUUGUUCAUUUAUUUGUUAUCAUCGAAUUCAUUUAGAAACACAUGAACGAUCGCACAUCGAAAAAAAGUAUUUUUGUGAUGUAUGCAAUAAAGGAUAUAUUAACAAACGGAAAUUAAAACAUCAUCAAAUUUCACAUUCAAAUGAACGACCAUUUCAUUGUACCCAAUGCGAUUUAUCAUUUAAAGCACGAUUUAUUUUAACAAAACAUGUAAAAACCGUUCACGUGAGUCAAGCGUGUGAAGUAUGUCAAAUAUGUGGUAAAAAUGUACGUAAAACAUAUUUAGAACGACAUUUAAAAAUCCACGAAGAACGCUCCCCAUAUCCGUGUACAGAAUGUAACAAGAAAUUCAGUCUAGAAAAAUCACUUGAAAUACAUUUUAAACGAGUACAUCAAAACGAACAAUUAAAAUAUCAUUAUUUAUGUAAUAUUUGUGGUAGGGGAGUUGUUUCUAGAGCCGAGUUGAAACGACACUUGAAUGCGCAUAAAGGUGUAAAACCAUUUGAAUGUGAUAUAUGCGGUAAAAGUUAUGGACGUACAGGUGCUUUGAAUCAUCAUAAAAAAACUGUACAUUUAAAUCAAAGGCCGUGUGUAUGUCCAAUAUGUUCACAAGCGUUUCAUUCCAAGAAUAUUUUACAGAAUCAUAUGCGUAAGCAUACUGGCGAACGACCGUAUUCAUGUUUAGUUUGUGGGAAAUCGUUUGGAUUUCGAUGUGUGUUAAAAACGCAUAUGCGAGUUCAUGCCACUUAG